CUUCCGGGGGACAGGUCGCUUCCGCUCUUAGGCGGUGCAGGCGGCUCUCCGAAAAAAAAUGGCGGAGCCCUCUUCCCGCUCGACCUUCAGCUACCGGCCGGCCCCCCUGGCCUCGCUGCCCCGGGAGCUUGACCCGAACGAGUACAAUGAGCCCCCGGAGAAGCGCCAGGCCCAGGCGGAGCGUCUGGCGCUCCGCGCCCGCCUCAAGCGCCAGUACCAGACGCAGCUCAACGACCCGCACCAUACGCAGCUGAUCGAGGACCCUGCCAUGAACCGUUGGACCUAUGCUAGAACGUACAACAUUUACCCCAAUUUCCGGCCCACUCCCAAGACUUCCCUGUUGGGUGCGUUGUCUGGGAUCGUAAAGAGAAACUUAUUCAGGAAGGCAAGGACAAGCGACCAUUCGCUCUUAUUUUCUAAGUUCCUGGGAAUUGGAUGUUGCAGUGCUGCUGUUGGGCUAUUCAUAGAAAGUGCUGUGUAUUGUACAUUGAUGAAAAGACUAAUCCUCUAUCAAAAUAAACUUUAUAUUAUUACAGUCAUAGGAUCAUGACUUACUGUAGAAUCUUCUUGUCUAACACUGAAACCAAUCAGAUUACAGACAGAAUGUGUACAGGAAUUUUAAAAAGACAUUAAUUUGUGCCCUUGGAUGCAUGUUCAGAGUUUCCGUUUAAUCCAUGAGAGCCACAUGCCUGUAUCUAAGAGUAGCCUCAGGAUGAAUUUUAAAAUUCAUAGCAGGCUAAAGCAUCAAGUAGGUCCAAGAAAUGAUCUGAGUGGCUGUCUUGUUGUGUUUUCAGAAUUUGUCUUGGACUCAGUUUAGUUAUGUAGCUGUAUUCACUCUAAUCGAAUAUUGGGCAACUUCUAAUUUCAUAUUUUGAAUAAUUCAUUAAAUGGGCUGAGAAGGUUAGAAAGCUGCCUGGCUUCUUUCUCUCAGAGCAGCCAGCCUCACAUUAAACCAACUCAGAUUAAUUUUCCAUUUUUUUUUCCCAGUAAAACAGAAACCUGUACUCUGGUAAACUCAAUGAUUUCAUGGGAUCUCUUCCAACCUAAGGAUUGCUGGAUCCAACUCAGUAUGAACUCAGAGCUUUCACAUUUUGGCCAACCACACUUUCUCAUUCACGGGAACCCCUGAAUUAGUGAGACAGGAAAUAAGAUGUGGGUUCUAGUCCCAUUUGCCAUUGACUCACUGUAUGAUCUUGGGCAAGUCAUUUCACCUCUGCUCAUUUUUAUGGAAGGUUAAAGAGGACACAUCAUGAGGGUUUUGCGAACAAAUAUGUGCAAAGUCUUUUUAAAAUCUGUGGCUAAAGGUGCUGUUUCAAAAGCAAAGAGCUUAGUUACAGGGCAUGCUGAGAAAAAUAAGUGGGCUUUUGUGGCCUUUUGCUUCCCUACGUUGUGGACGUAAAAGGCCUGAAAAUGGUGUCUUUUCUGCUUAUUCUUUACAUUAGAAAUACAGGUCUAGUUGGCCCUGGAUGACUUGAAAACUAAUAAGACUAUGAAAUCACAAAUACUGAGUGAGUGAAAAUUGAGAGGAAUUGACUUUUUAUAACUUAGUUUUUUUGUUUGGCCUCUAAAUGCUAUCACCAGUCUAAACAACAGAAAACACCUAUUUGAUUUAAACACCUGAGAGAAGUCUCCUUUCAUAUAAAGGGUGAAAAUUCUCCCAGUCCACUUGAGACCUCCAAGAGGCCCUACAGCGAUGUUCUUGAUAUUACUAAGGUAAAACACAAGCAAGAACACACUUGUGCUGCUGCUUCCAGCAACAUAAGGAAGAAAGAGAGCAAGUCCCUCGCAGUCUCCUUUGCCAGAAGUGGCUGAACAUGCUGACUUCUCUCCCUUUCCUGCUCCUGUUACAUAGCAUUCAUGCGUCAAAAUCCUGCUCUUCUGAGAUUUGUAUUAUUUCCCAUUUUGACAUAGGUGAAAUCUGUGCUCUUCCUCACUAAUUAGCAGGCACUGGAGCUGUUCAGCAGCUAUGCAGAGCUGUAGCCUGUCUUUGAUCUGCUCCUUAGUUUAUUCUCUCUCACCCAGCUCCCUCCUAUGUUCCCCAGGUACGUUAAAUCAAGCAAAUGCAGAUCAUUCUCUUUCCACAACAGAUUCACCCUCUCAAAUGACAUCACAAAAUACAACUGUGGGUCAGUGAAAGGAAGGGCAUGAAUGCAUGAAGAAAGUGGUAUUUAGGGAAAGAAAUAAUUGCCCACAAUGCUUGUUUGAGCAUGCUAAAUGAACCACCACCUGCUGCCACAAACUGAUAUGAUCUCUCAGGACCAGUUUCCUCAGCUAAUGGGGCCUUGGGUUACCACACAUGUAAAUUCUCCCUUGAAGCUGUAUUUGUUUUGUACAAAUUGUUCAGUAGGGGUUGCAGAAGAAUAGGGAGCAUUUCCAAUUGGUUUGCGAAUACAUAUGCCUUAGCCUCUCUGCGUAGCUCAGAGGGAAUGAGGUUACUCCCCAUUAACUGGAGUUUGGUGCUUGGAGCUAGUCUGGCCUGUUUCUUCUUUCUCAUUAUUUUCAGAGUUUUCCAGGCUGCCUUUUCUGUUGCUUGUGAGGAGCACACUGUGCUGCCAGAGCUGAGUUGUUGCUUGGCUGCGGUUCAGGUGGAGAUAUUUCUUAGAAAAGAUAAUAUUUCCAAUCAGAAAUUUGGGGAGGAGAGUGAGCAAGUGUAAAAACCCUUGUUGCAUGCAUAAUUUGCACAUAACUCCCAGUGUCAGCUAUAGAGAUGUGCUUAUAGCAGGAGAGUUUCAAGCAGGCAAAUAGUCUAUGGCUCUCAUGGGUUAUCCCCCCAAUGAGAAAACAAAAACUUGCCCUUCAGUCCCUAGGGCAUUUUGGUUUAGGGUGUAUCUAUGCUUGAAAGUUAAUGUUGAUUAAGGGAGGGUGUGAAUUUAAAGUACAAUAGCAAUUCCUGAACAAUGCCAUAUGUGGACACUUAUUUGAGAACAAAAGUGCCUUGUUCCUGGCUUAAUUCACUUUCAAAAUUAAUUUGGAACAGAUCCAUCUGUAGACAAGCCCUUAGCUUCACCCUGGGCCAGUUCAAUUAAUUGAAUCCCUCUGGCAGAUUGAUUGUUGGUAAACAGCCUCUUCUGAGUUUUCUAUUUUAGCACAAGUGCUGCAUGGUGGAUAUUACAUAAUACUCUGCAUGUACAAAACAUAUUCUAGCCAAACAUCUUGUACAGGGUCAAGCCCAUUGUUGGCAGUGACUAAACACAAAAAACCCUAGGUGUCCUGAUGUCAAAUCCUGUGCUCUAUGCACUAAACUAUUUACAUUUCUCUUUCCCUCUUCUGGCAAAUAAGUUGUGAUAUGCUUCUGCCCCUUUUCUCAAAGUAAGGUGUGUAAAUUAUUGCUGACAAGGGGGCUUGUGCAACUGCUUCAAUCCCAGAUAUGUGCCCUGGACUCUCCUCGUGCUCUAGUGGACUCAACAAAUAAGGCCUUGUCUACAUAGUUAAAUCAGUACAGUUUUCCUAAAUUGGUUUAGAAAUGGAUUUAAAUGGGUACAGCCUCUUGUGGGGGCACUCAUUUGGUCUGAAUGUGCUAUAGUAAUUGGUAAAGAAUCAAGCUAAGCUGAUAUAAGGUCCUCCUCACAAAGCAAUGGGGAGUCAAAGUUGUAACAACCAUAUUAAAAACCUUAUCCAAUAAAGGGGUGGGGCUUGAAUCUGGGGUGUUCCACGUUCUGGGUGAGUUCCCUAGUCACUAGGCUAAGGGAACUCUUCUUUUUUUCCUCCCCCCACCACCUGUUUUGUGUGGAGUUAGCCUCUGAGCAUGCCUACCUGAUCACACCCUGCAUGCAGUUUAGGUGGCCGAACACUUAUCCCUCCUCCAAUUCAUGAAUUGCUCUGAGGCUUGGGCAAGAGAGACACCUGGAUGCCUAGAGAGAGGCAGCAGUGCAUGGGCCCAGUGGCAGAAACUUAUGUGCUUAUGGAACUUUGCCUGCAAAAAUUCAGGCAUUGAGUGAGUUUGGCUGCUGCUGAACCCUAUAGAUGCCUAAAGAGUUUUGUGCAGCACAGUGGGGCCUAGAACUGAGAUUUACGUGCCUAGGUUGCUUUAUGGAUCCCAUUCUUAGUGUUGACAAACCCAGACAGUAGUUGCAGGGAAAUGAUAAUGUAUUAGUAAGUGCUGAAGAUUGGGCUGUGUGUCAUUGGAAGGGUAACCUUCCCUUGAUUGACAGUAGGUCUGCUGGAUUUAAGACCGGACCUGGCUAGCUCCUCUAACUCCUAUUUAUUCUUACCCUCUCGCUGAAAGAUCAUUUCUGGAGUAUUGUUUAAUAAAUCGUUGCUCCUGAGCAUCCCCGUGUGAAA